AUUUCACUGCCUUGAAUAGCAUUUAGAUCGUCGCAAUGACACGAUUUCGACCGUGUAUAGACCUACACUCGGGCCAGGUCAAGCAGAUUGUCGGCGGAACGUUGACAGACGUUGACUCCUCUCUCAAAACCAAUUAUGUCUCAAAACUGCCUGCGGGGCAUUUUGCAAAGCUAUACAGAGAGAAUGACUUGAGCGGUGCGCAUGUUAUCAUGCUUGGUCCAGGAAACGAGGACGCUUCCAAGGAGGCACUGGCAGCGUGGCCAUCAGGGUUACAGGUCGGUGGUGGAAUUACGGAUAAGAAUGCAGCUCAAUGGAUGGAGUGGGGUGCGGAAAAGGUAAUCAUCACAUCCUACCUUUUCCCAGAUGGAAAAUUCUCCAUGGAACGCCUGCAGGCUGUGCUUGCGGCCCUCGGAAACGAUAAGAGCAAGCUCGUCAUCGAUCUCAGCUGUCGGAGAAGAGGCGAUUUAUGGUUUGUUGCCAUGAACAAAUGGCAGACCAUCACAGACAUGGAGGUCAACCAGGAAACCAUCAGGCUGUUGGAACCAUUUUGUUCAGAGUUUCUAAUCCACGCCGCCGACAACGAAGGUCUGCAACGCGGAAUUGAUGAAGAGUUGGUCAAGAAGCUCUCGGAGUGGUGCGCCAUUCCUGUCACGUACGCUGGCGGUGGCCGGAACCUGCAAGAUCUUGAUAAUGUCAAGCGGCUAAGCAAUGGUAGAGUGGAUUUGACUAUUGGCAGUGCACUAGAUGUUUUUGGUGGGUCGGGAGUCAAAUUCGAGGAUUGCAUUGCAUGGAACAAACAAAACGCAUAAUGGGAGGAUAAACCCUACUGAGCCCUCUUUCGGGG